UCAUAUUAUUGAUCAAUUAAGUUAUUUAUAAAAAUGUCAUUCAGCAGUGUCUCGAAAUCUUCUUCUGGUGGAUCAGAACAUUCUAAAAAAUCAAAACAAUCAAAAUCAUCGAAAAAUGGUAUUACCGCAAAACCAUCCCAAACAUUGCUUCCAGCUUUUUCAACCAGUUCUGCUCGUCUACGACAUGAGCAGACUUUACGAAAUAAGUCUGAGCUAGAGAGUGAUAUACCUCCAGAUAAAGAAGAUAAAGAAGAACUUAUCGAAUCGAUUAUUUUAGAGCCGAAAGAGGAAAAAUUAUCUACUUUUGGUGAGCUGUAUGCUCAUUUGCCAAAAUUAGGUCUUGCAGACUAUCAAAAACGAAAUAUGGGAAAGGAAGACUUGUUUCCUAAAGUGCUGACGCUUGAUAGUGCCAAUGAACUAGUAGAAGUUAAAAAAGAAGCUCCCUCUAUACUAGUUACUGGAUUUGGAAUGAGAAAUCUUCAGUCGUUGCAAAAUGCUUUGGACGAGGAGAGUAAGAGGCUUCUAGAAAUAUACAGACGUCAACAGAAACACAAAGCGGAAAUAACAUGUACCAGAACUCCAGACGUAUCAUUGGCAUCUGCAUCUAGUUCUACAUCGACAUCUACAACAAAGAGUACAAGUACUUCAGAAACUGUUACCGAAGCAGAAACAAUUGGCGAACGAUUAAAGCUAGAGUAUCUUAUGGGUCUUCACCAAGAUGAAGAGGAAGAAUAUUUAGAAAUGGAGCCUGAACCUAAAGAAGAUAAGGAGUUAUCGUUUAUUUAUAGUAGCUCCAUUGCAAUGAAAAAAGCGCAGCAUUACUUGCGCGUGCAUAGGAUUUUCGACUUCAUUCGUUUUAUUAUAGCUCAUUUAUUAGGAAGCGCCCCCGAAAAUCCCGUCAGUUUUAUUUUGGAAUUACUGAAUAAAUGUCUUUUGUAUAGAUCAGGUGCUGGACAGCCGCCUCUUUUAUACGAGAUGAAACACAUUAGCCAAAUGUUUUUGUUAAUGGACAGAAUGAAUUCUGGUUUUAUAGAGAUGAAUCAGUACGUACAAGGAAUGACUACAUUUGGUUUAUGCGACUACAACAAAAAGCCAUCCAUGACAGUGGAAGGUAUAUCCAAAAAAACCUUUGUUGAGGAAGUUUAUGAAGCUGAAAUCAAUUUUUUCAAUGAUAUUAUACGAAGAAAAUAUGUGAAAGGAAAAGGACAUAAAGACACAGAAAGAGCUAUUAAUUAUGAUAAUAUUCCCAGCCGUGAGUCCAGAACAGCUUAUUUUAUUCCUUCGGAUUUAUUUAAAAGUAUCAAACGAGAAAAGCUAAGCCAAAUUAAGGAAGAUACGGAAGGAUAAACUGAGAUAUUGAAAAACAAAAUGUAAAUAUUUAUGUAUAUUUAAUCUAAUUCUAAUUACCCUAAUAAAUUUUAGUUAACUUUUUAUAUAA